UUUUAACGCUCUUUUAGCUUCUUUCUCUGUUUUUAUUCCGUGUUUGUGUGAACUUAAAGGAUCCAACAUGAUGUCUGCUCGCUCUCCUCUUUCAGUCAAGAAUGAAAACACUCUCAGCAGCCAGCUCAUCAACGUGUCGCUGGACAAAGAAAACACGCCUCCCAGUCUGAACACGACCCGGAUCCUGGCCUCCAAAACGGCGCGGAAAAUCUUCCAGGACCCUGCGCCCAAAGACGUGAAGAGCAGCAGCGAGGGGGAGGAGCCUCUGCUGAAGGAGAACCCUCGCCGCUUCGUCGUCUUCCCCAUCCAGUACCACGACAUCUGGCAGAUGUACAAGAAGGCCGAGGCGUCAUUCUGGACCGCAGAGGAGGUGGAUCUGUCGAAGGACCAGCAGCACUGGGAGUCCCUGAAGGACGAGGAGCGCUACUUCAUCUCUCACGUGUUGGCCUUCUUCGCCGCCAGCGACGGCAUCGUCAACGAGAAUCUGGUGGAGCGCUUCACUCAGGAGGUCCAGGUGACGGAGGCCCGGUGUUUCUACGGGUUCCAGAUCGCCAUGGAGAACAUCCACUCCGAGAUGUACAGCCUCCUCAUCAACACCUACAUCAGAGAGCCCGCAGAGAGAGAAUACCUGUUCAACGCCAUUGAGACUCUGCCGUGUGUGAAGAAGAAGGCUGACUGGGCGAUCAACUGGAUCGGAAACAAGAGCGCCAACUACGGAGAGCGAGUCGUGGCGUUCGCUGCCGUGGAGGGGAUCUUCUUCUCGGGGUCGUUCGCUGCGAUCUUCUGGCUGAAGAAGCGCGGCCUGAUGCCCGGUCUGACCUUCUCCAACGAGCUGAUCAGCAGAGACGAGGGUCUGCACUGCGACUUCGCCUGCCUCAUGUUCAAACACCUGCAGAACAAACCGUCUGAGGAGACGGUCAAGAGCAUCAUCCAGAACGCCGUGGAGAUCGAGCAGGAGUUCCUGACGGAGGCGCUGCCCGUGAAGCUCAUCGGGAUGAACUGCGAGCUCAUGAAGCAGUACAUUGAGUUCGUUGCCGACAGACUGAUGCUGGAGCUCGGCUUUGAAAAGAUCUACCGCGUGGAGAACCCGUUUGACUUCAUGGAGAACAUCUCUCUGGAGGGGAAGACCAACUUCUUUGAGAAGCGUGUUGGCGAGUACCAGAGGAUGGGCGUAAUGUCGGGCACCACAGACAACACGUUCAGGCUGGACGCCGACUUCUAGAAGACACACACACAGACUCUGACUUCCUGCUGGACCUCCUCACUGCAGGACGACCACGCUGCGGACUCUACACUCACCUGAGGCUGCGAGGCGAUGAACUGUGAGGGGGCGGGGCUCUUCAUCUGGAUAUCUGCUGAGUCAUGGUGUAAAUAAAAUGAGAGUUACACUCAGCAGGUAACCAGGUGGACUCUGGUUUCUCCUCUAAAUUAAAAGUAGACUUUGUUUUUAUAGCUGCUAUAUUAUGUUUUUAUACUGAACUGUUUUUAGGGUUUCUGUUGAUUCUGUACAGGGUUGUUGUUGUUGUUUGCAUUAAAUUUAAACUUACUGCAAA